AUGGUCUAUACAUCCAAGUUACCCGCUAUUGAAGAGCCCACAACUGGCAUUAUUCAGUUCAUUUUCGCCAAUGUCAACAAGACACCCGAAGACAAGCCCCUUUUGAUUGAUGCCCUGAACGAUCGGUUCAUCACGUAUGCACAACUAAAGAGCUCUGUUCUUAAAUUUGCUGCUGGUUUGCAGGACGUGUGUGGUUUCAAUAGUACUGAUGUCCUUGCUUUGUAUGCUCCCAAUCAGUACAAUUACUCGAUUCCUCUUCUUGGUGCUGUUGCUGCCAAUGGCGCUACGACAACUGCAAAUCCCAACUACAACAUUGAGGAAUUGUCCUAUCAAUUGGAAAUGACCAAGGCCAAAGUGCUCAUCUGUCAUGAAGAAAAUUUGGAAACCGCAUUGCAAGCUGCUGAACGUGUAGGUAUCCUCAAAAAGAACAUCUUUGUCUUUGGUGACAAGGCUGUCAAGGGUAUCCAGCCAUUCCAAACUGCACUUAUCCGAGAGCGUAAGGCUGUUCCUGCAGAACUUACACACCAGGAAGCCAAGGACAAGGUGGCCUACCUCUGUUUCUCUUCGGGCACUACUGGCAAGAGUAAGGGCGUCAUGACAACCCAUGCCAACAUCACUGCCAAUACCUGCCAAUACACUGCCUUGGACAACGCCUUUAUCGAUCCCAACGUAGACCGCAUGAUUGGCGUGCUUCCUCUUUUCCACAUCUUUGGCCUCACUGCCAUCUUACACACUGCCUUGUACUGGGGUAUUCCAGUCUACAUUUUGCCUCGUUUUGAUCUGGUCAAAUUCUGUGAAACCGUGCAAGAGCGCAAAAUCACCUUUGCCUGCCUUGUACCACCCAUCUACUUGUUGUUGGCCAAGCAUGAAAUCAUCCCCAAAUACGACCUGUCUUCCUUGAGAAUUGGUAUCUCGGGUGCUGCUCCUCUCAGUGCUGAUCUCGGUAGAGAAGUCAAGGCACGCUUACCUAAUUUGACCAUCAAGCAAGGCUAUGGUUUGACAGAAACCUCUCCCUCUGCUAUUGUGGAGCCUACUGAUCGUACUAUUGAUGGAUCCACUGGUAUUCUUUUGCCCAAUAUGCUUGCCAAGGUGGUGGAUGAGAAUGGAAAUGAGGUGCCUCAAGGUGAGCGUGGCGAACUCUGGCUCAAGGGCCCCAACAUCAUGAAGGGCUACAUCAACAAUCCCGAAGCCACCGCAGAUUGUAUUGACAAGGAAGGCUAUUUCCAUACCGGUGAUGUUGUCGUUGUUGAUAAAGACCAGCACUUUUAUGUUGUGGACCGCAUCAAGGAGCUGAUCAAAUACAAGGGUUUCCAAGUGCCUCCAGCUGAAUUGGAAGGCAUCUUGCUCACAUCGCCCAUCAUUGCUGAUUGUGCUGUCAUUGGUGUCUAUGAUGCUGCUCAAGCCUCUGAAAUCCCUCGUGCUUACGUGACAUUGAAGCCUCAUGUCGUUGCCUCUGAUCGAGUCGCCGAGGAUAUCAUGAAGUUUGUUGCUGAUCAAGUGGUUCCCUACAAGCAGAUUCGCGCUGUCAGGUUCAUCGAUGUGAUCCCCAAGAGUCCUGCUGGCAAGAUUCUGCGUCGUCUGUUGCGUGAUGCUGCAAUGGAGGAAGAAAAGAAUGCCACCCAUAAACCUAGAUUGUAA